CAUCACCUGCACGGACGCAACCGGAUGCAACCCUCAACAAGCCAUUUGAAGUUGUCAAAGCCAACAGAAGCACAGAGGCUCCUAUCAAGCUGUCGCGAUGCCUGUCUUAUUACUAGGGGACAUAUUUCCUAAUUUCGAGGCCGAAACUACAAUUGGUACAAUAAAUUUACACGAUUUUUUGGGAGAUCGAUGGGGCAUCCUCUUCUCGCACCCUGCAGACUACACUCGUUGUACUACAGAGCUAGGUCGUGCUGCACAACUGAGUGAAGAGUUCAAAAAGCGGGCCGUCAAAAUGAUAGCUUUGUCUGUCAACGGCGUUGAGGACCAUCAUGGGUGGAUAAAGGACAUCAUAGCUUACAAUAAUGAAGACCCUGGGUACACAUUACCUUACCCCAUCAUAGCGGACCCCAAGCGGGACCUCGCCUUGGCCCUAGGUAUGCUGGAUCCAGAUACCAGAGGCAAAGACGGCAUGCCCCUCACUGCCCGAUGUGUGUUUAUCAUUGGUCCUGAUAAGAGGCUGAAGCUUUCGAUCCUGUAUCCAGCCACAACUGGUCGGAAUUUCGACGAGAUCCUUCGGGUCAUUGAUUCCCUACAGCUGACAGCUAAGAAACGGGUGACCACGCCAGUGAACUGGAAGCCUGGUGAAGCUGUCAUAGUUCACCCCAACGUCACUGAGGAGGAGGCCAAAGCUCUCUUCCCGGAUGGUGUGUGCACAAAACAACUCCCAUCGGGGAAAAACUAUAUGCGCUACACACCGCAGACUUGACAAAACACCUGGGAAAGCAUACCUGACCUCAAGACCCAGGAACAAUAUUACACACUGUGACGCAGCGUUCCAGAUGUUGAGUGGAGAUAUGAGAGCAGACUCUACAUGUUAAAAUAGCUGAAAUUAUGAAGCCUUUCAGCUAAAGUCUAGCUACUGAUCCUGAGAUGGAGAAACAGCUUUUAACACUUUGUGCCUUUCCAAGUAAUGUGGUCUUCAAAUAAACAGUGAUUAAAUGCAA